UUUCAGUUUCCUGAUAAAGAGAAAAUGGCAUUCCCUGAAACAAACUCAAAGAUCUCUCUGCAUAUUCGCAGCAACAGCUUGCCCUCUUCACCUCACCCACUUUUAUCAGAAGUCGAAGAGCAUCUGCAGAGAUUGAAGGACACCUCUUCAGUGAGCCACAAACUUAAUGGUUUACUGGAUUUACAUGACUGCAUUGAUAGGUUGCUUCAAUUGCCAAUCAAACCACAAGAACUAGCAAGAGAAUGCAAUGAAAAGCGUGUCGACGACACACUAGAAGGUUCUUUGAAGCUCUUGGAUAUCUGUAGUGAACUUAAAGAUUUCCUACUUAUGUCAAAGGAAAUCAUGUAUGAACUUCAGUCAGUUAUCCGAAGAAGGCGAAACGGUGAAACAGGAUUGAAAGUUGAGGGUGCUAAGUACUUGACUUCAAGAAAGAAGCUGAACAAGGUAAUUAGAAAGUCCUUGGGAAAUUUGAAAGCAAUGAAGCAUGAGUGUGUAGAAGAUGGAACUUCAUUUAUGAUUAGUAUCUUGAAAGAAGCAGAACAAGUCACAGUGAGCUCAUUAGAAUCUAUGUUGAUGUUGAUCUGUGAUCAACCAAAGCAUAGAAGAUGGUCAACAAUCUCAAAGAUGUUACAGCCGAAAAGAGUAGCUUGUGAUUCUCAAGAAUCAGAAACAAGUGAAUUUGAAAAAGUGGAUGCAGCUUUGAAGUCUUCAUCUUUUGAGCAUUUUCAAAGCCAUGCGGAAAAUUUGGAGAUGUGCAUUCAGGAUCUAGAAAUAGGAGUUGAGCAACUCUCAAGAAAACUAAUUAGAAACAGAGUUUCCCAACUCAACAUCUUCAACCACUAAUCAUGAAAAUCUCUAUGAUUCUUGUGAAUUCAAUUUUGACCCCAAAUUGUA